AUGGACAGUCUCAAAAUGUAAUAAUUUACAGAAAAAAAAUUAGUUAACUUAAGUGAGAAAAUUGAGAAAAAAGUGCUUUAUUAUUUAUCUUCAGAUGAAUAGGAAUAAGUUUAUAAGCUUUUUUCAUUCUUCUACAGCAAUAAUCUAGAUCAAUUAAAUGCCAAAUAACUUGGAAUUAUCAUAAAAUAUUAAGAACAAUUAAAUAAUAUAAUUGAAAAAGCUCUUUAGAAUCCGCCGAAUCAAGAGGAUCUAUUCGAAUUGUUAUAAUCCAUCAAUUAUAGAAAUUGCUGGUCUCAAGUUCAUUAAGACCAUAUUAAUCAAAUUAAAAAGAGCAUCGACCAAAUUAAUUCAUAAGAAAAUGAACUAGAUUUUCAUUUAUUCAAUCAAAUAUUAAUUGCCUCAGAAUCAAUAAAUCUUGAUAACUUUAUCCGAAAAACUCUAAAAUCUCAUAAAAUUCAUAAUGUCUUAAAGAAAUAAGUUCCUGUAUAGAUUACUCAUCUAAAUAUAAUAAUUAGAACAGUUGGAGAUCAAUAUAUAUCAUCCACACUAUGGAAAUUAUACUAAGAAGAAAUUUUAAGGUUGGACUUAGCAUAUCUAUCGUAGUAAUAGUUUGUUUAUGAUCAUUUGAAACGCUAUUAUUUACUUACAAGUGAUACUGCUAAGGACUUAACUCAUUAAUACAUCAACAAAGAGAGACAAUCUAUUAUAUACAUCAAUUUAAUCUUAGAAGAAAUUCAAAGAAACUUAGAAAAUUUAAAUGAUUUAAAAAUUGAAACACUUUUAACAAAUUGCAAUUUAGAUGACUUUGUUACUUUAAAUAGAUAAAUCAUUAGAAUAAAUAUUGAUUCAUCAAGCGAUUCCUUUAUUCAUCACUACUUAAGUCUAAUAAAAGAGGAGUUAAUCUACUUUAAAGAAGAGACUACAUAGACAUAAACUGAAAAAUUAAAUCAAUUUAUUAGACUUUUAGCAUCAAUUGAUGGAUUUAAAAAACUUAAAUUGCAAAAGAAAUAAAAUAAUCCAAUUGAUGAAAUAUAUCAAAUUAUUGAAGAAGAAGUGUUCUCCUUUGUUUGCAAAAAUCAAUAUGAACUUGAUUUGGAUGGCACAUAAGAUCCAUUUGCAAUUGAACUACUCAAAACUUAGAAGCAAAAAUCAGGAAAAUGGAAAGAAGAAGAUAAUUAAGUGACAAUUCUUAUUGCUGACAUAGAUACAGUUAAUCUACACCUUAUAUAUUAAAUAGGAGAUUAUUUUAAUAAAAACUAAUAAGGGAGAAUGUAUUUUCAUUAUUGUAUUGCCAAAUAAUUAGCUGUUAAUUUUUAAAAACUUGAUUUCUCUAAACAAUGUGACGUUCUCUAUUAUUUGGCAAAAAUCGAUAAAAUAUUCAUGAUUGAGUCUAAUUAAUAUGCAAUAGAUUAUAGCCAAUUACAAUAAUUAAAUUUGGAAGAUUUAACAAAAUGUGCAAUAUAGCUGUUAUUCUAUAAUCAAAUAUCACUUAAUGUAGAUAAAGCUAUUACAAAUUAGCUAGUUGAUAUUCUACAUCAAAAUCUGAAUAAGAUUGAAGAUUUGAAGAUAGAAUAUUAAAUUGCCUUCUAUCAAGCCUACGAGUUGAUGCGUAUAGAAUUUCCUUCAAUUUAGGUGUAAGAAUUGCCUGAUAGAUAUAAACAAAUAUUUGAUGAAUAUUGGUUAUAUCUGCAAAAAGAAACAGAAGUUGUUGUUUCUGAUACUAAAAAAUUUCUUGAUAAGGAAGAAUACCACUAUACAUAUAUGAAAUAAGUCUUGAUAUGGAAGUUUCUAUAUGUUUUUGAAUAAGAUAGGGCUAUUGUUAUUUGUUUAUCGGAUAGAUUUUAUUUAGGAAGAACUAAUUUAAACCUAAUAGAAAUAGGCAUUCUAAAAAGGGUCUUAAGAUUGCAUGAUUAUAAAUUGAGAAUAUUGGAUAAGCAUGAAUAUGAAAAGUUUGAAACUCGACAUGAAAAAAAUGAUUAUAUCUAUGAGAAACUCAAAUAUCUAAGUAGGGAGCCUAAGAAACCCAAGAAACCAUAUUUUAAUAUAUGA